GUCACUGUUGGGUGGGCGGUUAGAGUGGGCGAAGGAGACCGACCGAGACCCGGAGGGGGUCUCGCAGCCGUGUCGGUUCCGGGCUCUGACCGCCUCUCUCUCUCUCUCUCUCCAGGUUGCCAACGAGAGGAGCCGCGCUGCCUGGUGGCCGCUCGGCCGAGGCCUCGGGAUGGCGAUGAGACAAACUCCAUUGACCUGCAGCGGCCACACCAGGCCCGUGGUCGAUUUGGCUUUCAGCGGGAUCACGCCUUACGGUUACUUCUUAAUCAGCGCCUGUAAAGAUGGCAAGCCUAUGAUGCGCCAGGGUGACACAGGAGACUGGAUUGGGACGUUUCUGGGUCACAAAGGUGCUGUCUGGGGAGCCACUUUAAAUAAAGAAGCCAAUAGGGCAGCAACCGCAGCAGCAGAUUUUUCAGCCAAGGUGUGGGAUGCUGUGACAGGUGAUGAAUUGAUCGCUUUAGCCCACAAACAUAUUGUCAAAACUGUAGACUUUACUCAGGAUAGCAACAACUUACUGACUGGCGGGCAAGAUAAAGUUUUGCGUAUUUAUGAUUUGAACAAACCUGAAUCAGAGCCUCUGGAGAUCAGUGGUCAUAGUUCUGGUAUUAAGAAAGCCCUGUGGUGUAAUGGGGACAGGCAGAUAAUUUCAGCAGCUGAUGACAAGACUGUAAGGCUCUGGGACAGGUCUAGCAUGAUUGAAGUGCAAACCAUUCAUGUUGGAUCAUCUGUAAGCAGUGUAGAGUACAUACCUGAUGGAGAGAUUUUGGUUUUAACCUAUGGAAAAACGAUUGCUUUUUACAAUGCACUAAGUCUUGAGCUGAUCAAAUCUUUUGACGCACCAGCAUCAAUCAACUCUGCUUCUCUUCACCCUGAGAAAGAUGUCUUUGUUGCAGGAGGUGAUGACUUCAAACUGUACAAAUUUGACUACAAUACAGAGUCAUACAAAGGGCACUUUGGUCCAGUCCAUUGUGUAAGAUUUAGCCCUGAUGGAGAACUAUAUGCGAGUGGUUCUGAAGAUGGAACUCUUCGUCUUUGGCAGACAACUGUUGGUAAAACCUACGGGUUAUGGAAAUGUGUGCUUCCUGAGGAGCUUGGCUCUGAAAACUCUGAUUCUAUCUAUGGCACCCCUCCAGAGGUAAAAGCUUGAGCUGCCAGCUUGAGAAAAAGGAGCAAGCAGCAAUAUUUGAUGAACUGAAAAAAGAGCAUGCCUUCUGUUUUAUAUGGUCACGGCAAAUGCAAACAUCUAAAUGGAAUCAUAUCAACUGAAGACAACUGUAGUUAACUGUAUAUUAGACAAGAACAUGGUGUCUGCAAGGAAGGAAAGUAGUCGACCAUUGCAUAUUCAAUGUAGCUGCCUCCCAUCUUGUGUUGGUCUAAUUGGGCCUGACCAGUAACAUCUGUAUAUAUUGUAUCUUGGCAGAAGUUUCUCAUUGAGGAAGUGUGGUCAAGUUACAGCUAUAGCAUAAUGGAUUCAAGUUUGUUUUCCUUAGAAAGGAAUCCAUUUUUCUUUGCCCUCCAUAAAUUCAAUGCUAACACUCUGGUUUAAUAAUAAAAAGUCAUUCAAGCUGUCUUGUCAUUCUAUUCAUUUAAAUGAUGUACAAUCUGUCACCAUUUCAGGCAUCUUAUUUUUGCAUUCAAUGCCUCAAGCAGUAUUAAACUGGCCCACACAUGUGCAAAAAUAAGCAAACACAAAAUUCAUGUGUAUUUGUAUUCUUCAAAUUUUGCAUGUUUAUGGGCUUUUUUCUGUUUUGUGCAACUAAAUGUAUGUUCAAAAGUACAUUGGAUCUGAAUAUGAGUGCUUAUUGAAAUCUGUUAAUUCUUUAUUGUCCACUGCAAAAAAAAAAUGUGGGCAGUAAUUGCAGUGCUUUAUCCGACAGGAACUAUAUUUGGUUUAUCUUGUGUGUUUACAAUGUAGGUUCGCAAUGUUGAAUGGUUCACUUUUUAUAGACAACAGCUUUGAUUACUUACAGCAUUAUAAGAUCAAUGAGUGUCUUAGUAAGUUCUGGUUAUAUUUAAUGCUGCACCCCAAUCAUGGGCUUGAGGGUGACCUUUUGAGUUACUGCCUGAUCCUGAUAUGCCCAUUUACUUUUUUCCUAAUUUUUCCCAUUUGCAGCAUUGUUGAGUUAUUAUGCUCUUAUGAAAAUGUUUUGUGACACUUGUGUCCCGAUUUAAAAAAAUUCAAUAAAAGUGGGCCAGGAUAUGAAGCCUGCCUUUGCUUUACUA